GCAGGAGGUGCCAGUUUCUUCUAGAGUUAUAUUGCAGAACACUUAUUGAACCGGUCACCAUCUGAUUUCUCACAUGCACACUGUACUGUAAUCAUAAAACUAACUCUCAAUGGAAAUGGCAUUGCAACCUCCGAGAAUCGCUGGACAACAUAACGGACGUUAAUUCAUCAUACACUGAAAUGUGCCUGCUGCCACGAGAGCCGGGACGAAUGAUACCGAUGACAGCUUUGCCCUCUCAGAGAAAUCAUCCACCGCCUCGCUCACAUCAAGAAAUUCUAAACCUCCUCACUACGCAGACAUCCUCGCCGCUGAAAACCGUCGACCGCCGCAUGAAUUCGGUCAUUUAUAUCCGAGCUCACGUUAAAGCAACGUAAUACACGUUCAUGCUGAGUUGACCGCACACGUUAACCGGAGUUUCAUCACGGUUAAACGAUACGUGGCGGGUUGAGUGCGAUCGCUGAACAUAGCAGUUAACUCCGAGGUCGGUGACCGGUUGUAGGAGGUGAGGUGAGGUGCGAGUCGCGGGGCCUCACUAGCCGUUCUGCCAAAAUGUCCGCGCUGUCAAGCACUCGUCGUCGCCAGCCGGGGGCUCUCAUAAUUGAGAAGAAACUUCGAGACUCGUCUCGCCGAUCCGGCGCAUGAUGCAAGCCCAAUCGGCGAGAAGACGAGACGGGACGAGACAGACAGACAGACAGAGAGACGAGCCCUGCUGCUGACUCAGAUCGAUCCACCGAGUGACCCUCUCGUGAUCGGAGAAAGAAAAGCAGCAAAUCGAUGCGCAAAGAUCAAAGAGCAAAUUUUGAGCUAUCAGAAUGAUUUGUCCGUGGCCUGGGCGAGCUGUCGGCCGAGUUGGCCGCAAGGAUCGGGUCAGGCCAAAGAGCUCACACGAGAAUCGGAGUCAAAAUGCCCGAUCUCUGUUUCACGAUCUUUGACCAUGCAUGGACCCAGCAAGGCAGAUGGAGAUGGAGAGUGAGAGCGAGAGAGAGAGACAGGGAGAGAGAGAGAGAGCGAGAGCGAGCAGAGCAGAGCAAAGAUCCUACCUGUUCCCUUCAUGCAUCUUGCCUGGUGACUCUUGCGGCCCCGUUCCCGAUGCGAGAGUAAUCAAACCUGCGGAUGAGUUGUUGACAAGACCUUAUCCUGGAGCAGGUGAGCUGACCCAGAGGCAAGAAAGAAAUUACUCAAAAGGAGCGACGACGGAUUUGGUCGGCCACAGCUACGAUCGAGCUGCUCAUCCCAUCCCACCCCACCCCGCAUACUUCGACCACCAUCAUACGUCUCGUCUGAGUCUGAGUCACUACGUACUCGACGGUUUGGAAUCUUGUGCUCGAUUCUCUCUCUGCGUCGGAAAUAUUUGCGACACGAUUCUACCUCGAUUGUGCCUGUACUGUCCCGUACUGGAGCCCCAGUCCUUCCAGGUCCAUGUGUCAGCGUGUCCGAGUCUGAGUCCUUCGCAGUGGAUGAGUAAUUGACAGAGUUCAGGAACUUUGGAACUUCCUUUCGUGGGCCAAAUGAGGUGCAUGUAUGUACAGACAGACCAUCGAAUGGUAUAAGCCAGAGUACAAUACGCUUCACUUGGACUCCUCACCCUCCCUCUCUCCCUGUCAUCUCUCUUCAGCGGUGCAUGGAUUUAUCGGUUGGAUUUGAUUCCGAUCGGUUCGAUUGCAUCCUCCCUCCGGUGAGCUGAAUGUAGAACGACACUGGUGCCGAGAUUUUGCUCGCGAGGUACUGUAAUUCCACGGAAGGAACAGCUUUAACCGAACGCACAGUUGCUCUCUACGACGGGAGAAGUCAAAUUACGUACAGCGUGUGUCUGAUUACGACGUAUUGAUGCCCUGGUUGCGACUUAUUUGACAGCACGAGAUGAACUGUCUGUUGGGUUGGGUGGACUCGGUCUAGAGGGGGCAGUACAGUAGGCCAGCACUGUUCUGGAUAACUGGGAUGGGAUGGGAUGGGGUGGUCAUGUUGACAAUAAUCCGACCCUCGUUCAGGCAGUUAGUGAUUGAUUCCUCUUGGAGGUAUUCUGUGUCUGUCCGGUUUCAGCUGGUUCCCUCGCGCUGUGAGAAUAAUGUCCCCGCGAUGUGAAGUAUCAUCACCAAGAAUUCGCAGUCAGCAGCCGCCUAAGCAAGCAGCCUAUGGAAGAUGACGCCAACGCAGCUCUAGUCCAUCCCACCAUCACUUCGCAUCACUCAUGGCAGCAGGGUGUAUGUAACAACAGAACACAUUGGAGCUCCAAACGAGCUUUGACAAAAACAAUAUCAGUCCUCUGUACUUUCCAGCAGCAGCUCAUAUCACAUCCAGUACAUAAAUCCAUCCGAGCCAUGCAACUGUAAAGAGCUGUGCGUGAACCCGUCUCCCAACCUAAUACGGAUAUGGAUAUGGCGAGAGACAGUCUUGCGAGAUUUAAUACUUCGGUCACCGUCUUCAUUAUUGCCUUCGAACUGUUUCUUCUGCGACAACCAGCAUCCGACACAGAGCUAUUUGCAGCUGAUGCUGAAGCACUUGGGCAAGAGAUCAAGGACAGGGUGACUGGCUUCUACUGGUUUGGGGAGUUCAAAUCGUAACUGCGCAGUGCAAGUUCAGUUGUCAAGUCUUUACUCCCGACAGAUUGGAAAACACUUUUUUAUCUCCGCUGUUGUGGGGGUUACCUCUCUCAUUGUUAACUGGUCCAAUUCAUCAGAUGAACUUUAGGGAGUUGAUACCAAAUAUUUUACAAUGCUACACCUGGCAACAUGAACGACAAAUUUUGUUUUACUUCCUCUAUCUUUCCCGACUUCAAACCUCAAUGUUGAUUUCUCUUUGAUUCAAGAGUUCUGUUUGCACGUCUAUUGCCGCCUCCCCCAUUCAAACCUUUUUCUAGGCUCGUGCCAUCUUUUAUGCUCUUACUCUCCUGUCCAUUUACAUUAAGGUGAAGUAAAAUACAUUAGUCCG